ACCUUGGCAACUUUAAGACUUGUGGACUUCAACUCCCAGAGUCACCCGGAGAACUCCACAAGUCUUUUAAUUAAUUAAUUAAUUAAUUAAUAGAAUAACAAAGGGACCUUGGAGAUCUUCUAGUCCAGCUCUCUGCUCAAGCAAGAAAAUACCAUUUCAGACAAAUGGUUGUCCAAUGUCUUCUUAAAAACCUCCAAUAUUGGAUCACCCACAACUUCUGGAGGCAAGUAGUUCCACUUGAUUGUUCUGUCAGGAAAUUUCUCCUUAGCUCUAGGCUGGUCUCUCCUUGAUUAAUUUCCAUCCAUUGCUUCUUGUCCUGCCUUCAGGGGCUUUGGAGAAUAGAUUGAUACUUCAAUCAAAACAUUUCCUCCUCUGCAUAGAAAACAAAUAUGAUCUCCUCAGAAUGAAAGUUUAUCAUUACACAGGAAAUAUUGUAUAUCUUUGGGCCUAGAAAGAAAGUCUUGAGAAAGUUAAUUUUUUUUCCAUUUUGCUCCUCGCACAAACAUUUUCCUUGGAUGGCUAGGUGGCUCAGUGGCUAAGACACUGAGCUUGUCGAUCAGAAAGGUCCGCAGUUUGGCGGUUCGAAUCCCUACUGUAGGUCUGCGUGAGCAGGGGGUUGGACUAGAUGACCUACAAUACUCUCCAAUCAUAGCAUGACUCAAAGCAAGCUAUAGUUAGAGUUCAUUGCGGUCUGAACUUAUGGAAGUUGUUUGGACUGGAACCUGGGACUUGUUAUGACAUCCUAAUUCAUAAAAUUCUUCAGUUUGGUGGUGUUAUGGAUUGAACUUCUAUCACUUGACAUUUCGAGAUGGAAUUUUGACCAGCCCUAAAGGUUUUGGCAUCUGGUGGGAUUGGAGAAGACUCCUAGGGAGACAUUCUGGUUGGAUUCACACAACCUAUUUAACCUUACACUCCAGAGAAGAAAGUGUACUUGUAUUCACCUAAUAUGCUGUGGUCAAGCAAAACCAUAGGAUGGUUUUAUGUAAUACCUGGUUUAUUUAUUUACAACUAUUUGAACUGUAUGCCUCUUACUCACUAGACUAGACUAAGUCACUCUAGGUUCACUAAAUGACACCAGACUGGUGCUGAAGACAGCACGUAGCUUCUUGGGCCCAGCUGAAUCACAAAUGACUCAACAUCAACCGUUUUAACUCAGUUGAGUUAUGUUGUCUGAACCUCAACUUCCUUGUGUUAAAGUUUCAAAUAUCUAGUUAAAAGUUAGGUUUCCAGAGAAGGUGCUGUCAAGCUAAACUUGACUGAUUUAUGCUUUAAAAGCCUUCUAGGAGUUAUUCUGGAGAAGAUCUGAACCUUAACAGAGCAGUCGAAGGGGCCAACACUGAUAGACAUUUACAAGAUUUCUUGCUUGCUUGUUGGCCAAGCGGUUGAGCGUGUUGCAAUUUAACCGCCUGGUGUCUGAAAAUACUGUGUCCUGUGGUCUAACUGAACCUAAAGGUUGACUCAGCUUUGCAUCCUCCUGAGGUUGGUAAAAUGAGGAUCCAGACUGUUGGGGUGACGGGUCCCUUAUAUUAAGUUGCAAUCUGUCAUUAUUCAAUUAUUCCAUGUUUUCUCUUAUUAUUACUUUUAUUUUAUUAUAUAAAAGUAUAUACACUAAUAUUCCCCUUUUUCUUGCUUCAAUCACUUAUUCUAACUUUUAAUCAUGUCGCCCUUUAUUAAAAAUGUUCUCCUACCUAACUUCUGGUCAUGUCACCUACCUAAAAAAAGAAAAGAAAGAGAGAGAAGAGGAAAGACAAAUCAGAACAACAACAAAAAAGAGAAAUCAUCUAUCCAUCGUGUCUUGCCUGCUUCAAUACUUUAAUUGCUAUGCUUUUUUUGACUUGCCUUGAGAGAGCUCUUUUGAAAGGGUAUUUAAAAAUAUAGGAACAAAUUAGCAUGGCAUUGAAUUUGGAUUAUUCAUUGAACGCUGGAGAAGCAGGAAACCCCACCCCUCUGCUUAUCCCUUCAAAGGAGGGGCAAUCCAACCGUCCUCCUUGGCUUGGCCAUAUUUCAGUAGGGAUACGUUCCAGGAGAUCCCUUUGUCUCAUCAAGAUCAUCAGUUGCUGAGUGGCUGUGAUGGAUAAAGGAUCCAUUACAAUCUUCAUUUUUUGUCUUGGGAUGGCCAAUAGCUUGGAGUGCCAUAAGUGCUUAAUUAACGAAGGGAACUGUUCUAAGGCUCCAGUGGAAGUUUGCAGACCUAACCAAAACGCCUGCUUCACAGUGAUCAAGAAGUACCAUGGAUUGGGUGCAGAUACAGCAAAACAGGGCUGUGGAUCCUCAAACGAUUGCCGUAGGUACCCCAUGGGCACGAAGGGCUCCUUGUUCCGAACCAUGUGGUGUUGUUCUUCAGAUCUUUGCCAACCCAUCCAUUUGCCUGUCAACCAAGAUGGAUCGCAAAAUGGGCUUGUGUGCCAAAGUUGCAUUGGGGGCCCAGCCGAAUGCAGCCUGACGGCCCCUUCGCGGCAAUGCUCUGGGAGUGCAGAUCGGUGCGUGCAAAUCUCCCAGCGUUUCUUUCCAGGAGAAGAACUAGAGCCCAUCAUAAAGGGAUGUGGAAAUAGCUCCUUCAAAGAUCUGCAGGUGCUCUACCAAAUUGGAAAGGACUUUGCUUUCCUUGACCAAAAAGUCUGUGGCCAAUCCAACUGCAAUAAUAGAAGUUUUCCAGAGAUCCUUACGGGACAGCCCAAUGGGUUACAGUGCUAUAGUUAUAGUGGUUCAGGCCGUGAAGAGAGCAACCUCCAGAAACGGCAGAUUUUGAGGUGCACCGGAGCCAUGAACCGGUGUGUCCGUAUCAUAAAAGGAGAAAAUAAAAGCACAGCCGUGACCGUCCAGAAGGGCUGCGCCACAGAAUCCAUGUGCUGGAGAGACACAGAUAUAUACCUCAGACUGAAGGGAGAAAAUUCUCAUGCCGAAUGUUGUAAAAGGAAUCUUUGUAACAAAGCCCACAGUCCCACCAACCCAGAACUGAUGACAAUUCUCAGUUUAUGCUUGGUGUUUACGGUCUAUCAAUAACCACCCCUGUUUCAUCGAUGGGUACAGAAAUAAAUUUGGGACAUUCUG